CGAAUCUGUUCAUGUUGCAGAUAUUGCCAAGAAGAUAAAUCUUGUUUAAGACGGUACUGAUCGAGUUCUGGUUGACGCAUAAUCGGAGAUGAUAGGAGGGGAUUCUAUUCUAUGAAAAUAGGUCUGGCUAUACUGGGUCGAACCCAUUUUAUCAGAGAAAAAACGUAACGGCGUCGUCGAUUCCGUUUGCAGGUUUUUAGUCGGUCGGCGAAGCCAAGGGUUGCAGUACAUAAACUCUUUCUUCUUCCAGCGGCUGUGGUCACAAGACAGACUCAGAACUCAUCAGCUGUUUCUAGAGAGAGAGAGAGAGAGAGAGAGAGAGAGAGAAGGAAGGAGGAAGAAGGACAUCAAUUGUCCAACGAGAUGGAGAACGGAGAGAUUCCUGAAGACGCCAACGAACAUUGCCCGGGUCCCCAGUCGGAGUCUGCUGGGAAAUCCGAUGCCUGCGAAGGAUGCCCGAAUCAGGAAGUUUGUGCUACUGCUCCCAAAGGCCCUGACCCAGACAUAGUUGCGAUCAUAGAGCGAAUGGCUACUGUAAAACACAAAAUACUUGUUCUAUCCGGGAAAGGUGGAGUUGGGAAGAGCACAUUCUCUGCUCAACUUGCAUUUGCCCUAGCAGCGAAGGAUUUUCAGGUAGGCCUGCUCGAUAUUGAUAUCUGUGGCCCAAGCAUCCCAAAGAUGCUUGGUCUAGAAGGCCAAGAAAUCCACCAGAGCAACCUCGGAUGGUCUCCCGUCUAUGUUGAGUCCAACCUUGGCGUCAUGUCAAUUGGUUUCAUGCUGCCCAACCCAGACGAUGCCGUCAUAUGGAGGGGCCCACGAAAGAACGGAAUCAUCAAGCAAUUCCUCAAGGACGUUUAUUGGGGAGAGCUCGAUUUUCUUGUGGUUGAUGCCCCACCGGGUACCUCCGAUGAGCACAUCUCUAUUGUCCAAUAUCUCCAAGAAACUGGGAUCGACGGUGCAAUCAUAGUGACCACCCCACAACAAGUUUCUUUGAUCGAUGUGAGGAAAGAAGUGAGUUUUUGCAAGAAGGUUGGCUUACAAGUUCUUGGUGUGGUUGAGAACAUGAGUGGACUAUCCCAACCACUGUUAGAUUUCAAAUUCUUGAAGGUUACAGAAACCGGGGAAGAAAAAAAUGUGACCGAAUGGGCUAUGGAGUAUAUGAAGGAGAAAGCACCGGAAUUGCUAGAUUUGGUUGGUUUUACUGAAGUAUUUGACAGCAGUGGUGGCGGCGCUGCGAAAAUGUGUAGCGAUAUGGGCGUUCCGUUUCUUGGAAAAGUACCUAUGGAUCCUCGGCUGUGCAAAGCCGCCGAAGAAGGUCGAUCUUGCUUUGAUGACACUAAGUGUGGGUUGAGUGCGGCUGCGCUUAAAAGGAUCAUCGAUAAACUGGUGGCUAGUGAAAUGUUUUCAAGCAUGGAAAAUGGUGUUUAGGUGUUUGGUAUACUAUCUUUUCUGGCUUUUUUUCUUCUUUUUAACUUACGAGUUAUGAAGAAAAUACAGUUUUUGUUUGGACCUCGUGUAUAUUCAACUUUUUGGCUGCUAGGCUUUGUUUUAUACAGAGGAUGAAACAAGGUUAUCUAAUACUUGGUGGAAAUUUUAACAAAAAUUUGGCUCA